AUGGAAGGUGCAAAGCCUGCAAGUGUACCUCUUGGUGGACAUUUCAAAUUAUCAAGUGAACAAUGCCCAUCAACUGAGCAAGAGAAGGAAGACAUGAUAGAAGUUCCUUAUUCUAAUGCUAUGGGGUCAGUGAUGCAUGUGAUGAUCUUAACUAGGCCUGAUUUAGCUCACGCCAUUAGUGUCUUGAGUAGAUAUAUGGCAAAUCCUGGCCGAGAUCAUUGGGAAGCUUUAAAAUGGCUUCUAAGGUAUUUGAAACAUAUAGCGAGUGAAGGAUUGAUUUAUAAGAGGGAUUCAAGUGGAGUGGAGCUAAAUGGAUAUCUAGAUUCUGAUUAUGCAGGAGAUAGGGACAAGAGAAGGUCAAUGUCCUCUUAUGCAUUUACCUUGUGUGGAAAUUGCAUAAGUUGGAAAUCUCAGUUACAACCUAUGGUGGCUUUGUCAACGACUGAAUCAGAAUAUAUGGCAGCAACUGAGGCUGCAAAAGAAGCCAUUUGGCUUAAAGGGCUACUGACAGAGCUUAAAGCACUCAAGCAGGAGGUUACUUUGUACUCAGAUAGUCAAAGUGCAAUACAUUUGUGUAAAAAUCCAGUGUUUCAUGAAAGAUCUAAGCACAUUCAAGUUAGAUAUCAUUUCAUUCGAGAUAUGACAGCUCAAAAAGUAAUCAGAUUGGAGAAGAUCCCUACAGAGUUUAAUCCUUCAGAUAUGGGAACAAAAGUGCUUACUGUUGGUAAGUUUAACACUUGCAAAAACUUGCUUCGAAUAGGAGCAAGCUGA